UCUCUCACGUGCGCGCUACUGUCAAUCAAUCCAGCGCGUCAUGAGUCUCAUUCACAGGUGAUAUCUAUUAGCUUACCUCAUAUGCUGUCAGGUGUUGCGUCUGUGGACCAUCAAACCUUUUCCUUGCUGUGAGAGAUUAUUUUGGCGGUUUUGGAAAGCUGCAGUCGGCUUUGCAGAUGCCAUGUAUGAGCAGUGAGCAUGGCGGAAAAUCAUCUGGAGUACGGCUACCUGGAGGGCGAGUGCAUCGGGGAGUAUUUCGCCGAGGACCCGGAGCUGGCGGCCAUCAAGGCCAGGGUUCAGGAGCUGGAGAUGGAAGAAGAGACCGAAAGACUGAAGGAGGAGGAGGAAAGGUGUGAUGCAGGAGAGAUGCAACUUCUGACCAGCAGCCCUCGACCUGGACCUUUCUACAAUAUGACUCCUGAGGAGAGGAUAGAUGCAGACAACAGAUCAGUCUAUGUAGGAAAUGUAGACUAUGGAGCUACCGCAGAUGAGCUGGAGAUUCAUUUCAACGGCUGUGGUCCUGUCAACCGAGUUACCAUCCUAUGUGACAGGUUCUCUGGCCAUCCCAAGGGCUUUGCUUACAUCGAGUUCUCUGAUCGAGACUCCGUGCAUAGUGCUAUUGGGUUGCAUGAGACCUUGUUCAGAGGAAGAGUCCUUAAGGUAAUGCCCAAGAGGACCAAUAUGCCAGGCAUCAGCACCACAGACAGGGGAGGACACCGAGGUGGCCACUCCAGAGGCAGAGGCCGUGGUUACCGUCCACCCCGAUACCAGAACAGCUCUCGAGGCAGGUUCCGGUACCAGUCAACCAGGCCACAGCAUCAAACACCCCACCCUUACUACGGCGGGCCCUCAGUGGGGAAGAGACAGUGGGGACACAUGGACUACCAUGAACAGAUGCCUAAACGUUACCCAUGUCUUCUUCUCAUCACCCCACCUUCAGAAGAGUUGGGGGCAGGGUCAAGCGGACCGCACUACCCUCAACAGCGCUAGCACUACCCACAGCAUACAUACUAAAGUGCGUGACUAGAACUGAUUAAUUUUAAGGAGUGUUUCCAGGCAUUACUGAGUUGAGCACCAUGUGAGACAGCCAGAAGGGACAGCAGCGAUGACUUUGCAUUGCAUCCCAUCAUCAGUCCUUCAAGUAGGUGAGAUGUGAAGAAUGAAGACUAGGGUCAGAGGUGUUGCAUUAUAAGCUUAUGUUGCUGUAAAUGCAUGGGACAAUCCUCAAAUUGUUAUGCAGUUUGCGUCUCUUACUGUUUUUUAAAAACGGACGCGAAUAUAUUGUGUUGCUGCCUGCCAUGUUACGUAUAAAUCCUCCCUAUGUAUAACUUAAGUUCUUUGCUAUGUGAAUGAAUGAAUAAAUAAAACAAUGAUCUGGUG